AUGGUCGACCCCGUACGGGUGUUUGCGGGCAUGCUUGAGGUGCUAUUCAUGAACAUGGGCGAGGCCAUGGCCGCAUACGCGACCGCAUCGGGUGGUAUGUUCCCAAGCAUCGAGGUGGUGGAGUUCAUGGUCGUGGAUGCGUUCAACACCUCGGACGGGACGUGA